AUGAUGAAAUUAAUGUUGCUAUUUUUGACGUUGAACUUGCAAUUAGUGACUGGAGCACCGGAGCAAGUUCAUCUCGCAUUCUACAAUACACCCUGGGAUAUUUCGGUCAGUUGGAUAACAUUCGAAGAAUCGGAUGCUGUUUUGACUUUUGGAACUUCAGCAAGCAAUUUUGUGAAUAAAACAGGAAACACGACAAGUUGGGAGUUUGGUGGAAUUAUUAGACAUUCUCAUGUUGUUAUAUUAGAUAAUUUGAAACCCUCAACAUUAUACUGUGAGUUAAUAAUAUGUUUUGAUCAACACUUUGGUUUUUUAAGAUUAUAAGAUAGCCGAUCGUCAAUUUUCAUUCCGAACUCUAACAGCCGAUCUAACUUCAUACAAAGUUUGUGUAUUCGGCGACCUCGGAGUUUUCAAUGGAAGAUCAACUCAAAGUAUCAUAAACAAUGGAAUUGCUGGAAAAUUCGAUUUCAUCGUUCACAUCGGUGAUCUUGCUUAUGAUCUUCAUUCAAAUAAUGGUAAAUUGGGUGAUCAAUAUAUGAAUUUAUUAGAACCCGUGAUAUCAAAAAUUCCAUAUAUGGUUAUUGCUGGAAACCAUGAAAACGAUGGCAAAAACUUUACAAACUUCAAAAAUCGAUUCACAAUGCCACAAAAUGGCGGAAAAGAUAAUCAAUUCUACAGUAUCGAUAUCGGACCAGUUCACUGGACUGGUUUGAGCACAGAAUAUUAUGGAUUUGUCGAAGAUUAUGGAAAUGCUUCAAUUUUCACACAAUUCAAUUGGUUGAAAAAUGAUUUAGAAAAAGCUAACUCGAAUCGUGGAAAUGUUCCGUGGAUUACACUAUUUCAACAUCGCCCAUUUUAUUGUAGUGUUGAAUUAGCAGCUGAUUGUACUCUUUAUGAGAAUGUUGUUCUUCGUCACGGUGCUUUAGGAUUACCAGGACUCGAACCAGAAUAUAUUCAAAAUUCAGUUGAUAUCGGUUUUGCUGGACAUAUGCAUGCUUAUGAAAGAAUGUGGCCAGUUGCAAAUAUGAAAUAUUAUCACGGAAAAGAAGCCUAUCACAAUCCAGUUGCUCCUGUUUACAUUUUAACUGGAUCAGCGGUAAGUUAG